UCUCAGCUGCGGCCACCGGGCAGGGAUCCGAGCUGCAGGGGGAGGUGCCAGCCUGGGAUGCUGGCAUCCUUUGGGGGCCUUUGGAGCCUCUGGGGUAGCAUUGCCCGUGGGUGAGGAGCGAAGGGUGAGAGGGGGCAAUCUCUAGCUGCAGCCAUGUUGGGACUGUGGGCAUUGCCGCAGGGAUCUGGGCAUCGGCUUCUGGGGCUGUCCUUACUGGGCUUCUGCCUAGUCUUACUGGGGGAUGCCAAGAGGCCCCCCAAGACUCCCCCGUGCCCACCCAGCUGUUCCUGUACCCGGGACACUGCCUUCUGCGUUGACUCCAAGGCUGUGCCCAAGAACCUUCCCACUGAAGUCAUCUCCCUGACAUUGGUGAAUGCAGCCUUCUCGGAGAUCCACGAUGGAGCUUUCUCUCAUUUGCCACUCCUUCAAUUCCUGUUACUCAAUUCCAACAAGUUCACUCUGAUCGGAGACAAUGCCUUCAUGGGACUAUCCCGCCUGCAGUACCUCUUCAUUGAGAACAAUGACAUCUGGGCGCUGUCUAGGUUCACCUUCCGGGGACUCAAGUCUUUGACACACCUCUCAUUGGCCAAUAAUAAUCUUCAGACAUUGCCUAGAGAUGUCUUCCGACCCUUGGACAUCUUGAGUGACUUAGACCUUCGGGGCAACUCACUGAACUGUGACUGCAAAGUGAAGUGGUUGGUGGAGUGGCUGGCGAACACCAAUACUACUGUGGCUCCCAUUUACUGCUCGAGCCCUCCCAGAUUCCAGGAGCACAAGGUGCAGGACCUCCCACUCAGAGAGUUCGACUGUAUCACAACUGAUUUUGUGCUGUACCAGACUCUGCCCUUCCCCGCAGUGUCUGCUGAACCCUUUCUUUAUGCCAGCGAUCUCUACUUAGCCCUGGCCCAGCCCAGUGCCAGUGCCUGUAACAUCCUGAAGUGGGAUUACGUGGAGCGGCAGCUUCGAGACUUUGACCGAAUUCCAGCUCCUUCAGCUGUGCACUGCAAGCCACUGGUGGUAGAUGGCCAGUUGUACAUGGUGGCAGCCCAGCUCUUUGGUGGAUCCUAUAUUUACCAUUGGGAUCCCAACACCACUCGUUUCAACAAGCUUCAGGAUAUUGACCCCGAGCGAGUUCGGAAGCCCAAUGACCUAGAGGCCUUCCGCAUUGAAGGUGACUGGUUCUUUGCCAUAGCCGACAGCUCAAAGGCAGGAGCCACCAGCCUCUACCGAUGGCACCAGAAUGGCUUUUAUUCCCACCAAGCCCUGCACGCCUGGCACCGUGACACCGACCUUGAGUUUGUGGAUGGCGAGGGCAAGCCUCGGUUAAUUGUUUCCAGCAGCUCCCAGGCUCCCGUCAUCUACCAGUGGAGUAGAGCCCAGAAGCAGUUUGUGGCGCAAGGUGAGGUGUCCCAGGUACCUGAUGCCCAAGCGGUCAAACAUUUCCGUGCUGGCCGAGAUAGCUAUCUCUGCCUCAGUCGGUAUAUUGGUGACUCUAAGAUCCUACGCUGGGAAGGCACCCGAUUCUCUGAGGUACAAGCACUGCCGUCUCGAGGCUCCCUGGCACUGCAGCCUUUCCUUGUGGGUGAACGGCGUUACCUGGCCCUAGGCAGUGACUUCUCCUUCACCCAGAUCUAUCAGUGGGAUGACGGUCGGCAAAAGUUUGUGCGUUUCCAGGAGCUAGCAGUACAGGCCCCUCGGGCCUUCUGCUACAUGCCAGCUGGUGAUGCCCAGCUGCUGUUGGCACCCAGUUUCAAGGGGCAGACCCUGGUGUACCGCCAUGUUGUGGUAGAUCUUAGUGCCUAGGGAGAUGCUGUAUGUGCUGAGAUUUUUCUUUGGAAGAUGCCAAGGGGUCCUUUGUAGUCAGUAUGUAACCAUGUGAAGACACAUGUAACCAGUGUUCAUACAUGCAUAUAAAUGUACACACCCCAGAAACAUGCAUGUGCACAUAAGAAACACAUGGUAACAGGUAAUCACACAGGUCUGACUUGUAAGAACUGACCUAAAUAUAUGUAUACACAAACACACCUAACACAUCAAUAUGCAUUCCCAAGCAUAUACAAAAUACACACAAGAGGCCCCGUUUUUGUCCUCACUUUUUUCUUGUAUUAACAAGUCCAUAUUAAGCCCUCAUCCCUCUCAGGCAUCUGUGCCAUAUGUGGCUAUCUGUGCUUUUCUCUCUCCCAGGCUUUCCUGUUGAUGCCUCAGAGUAUUUAUUUAACACAGUUAGCAUUUCUGCUCUCAGGUGGCUAAACCCUUCCUUAGCUCUGUGUCUGAAUCCAUGUUAGCCUUCCCCUUUCAAACGCACCACAACCUAAGGCAUACACCCAGUCACACCCAAAGAGACACACCAGCUUUUGCUUCUGUUCACAUGAGUGUACGUAGGGACACACACACACACACACACACAGAGGCACACACACACCCCCCCCCAAACACAUGCAUAUAGACACACCUAUGUAUAGUGUCUACUUUAUCUAACAGGGCUUCUACUCAAUUCCCUCCCUUUGUUUGCCAUGAGGAAGGGUCUUCAGAGCUGCAGUGCCCUGGGGAACCAUAGCUUGUCCUUCCUGUGCUCACCCACACAGCUGUGCCUGUUUCCACUGUUAGCAAGCAUAAAGAGGGUGGUAGCAGUCCUUCUGUUUGAGCCUGAGCCACCCCCAUUCCCACCCCCACCAAAAGCAAUAAUAAACCCCAGGCUUCCCCUGGUGCUGCUGAUCCACUCCCCAGCUCUUUCUGAGAUGCAGGAUUCCCUCCUGCUUGGGGGCAGAGGAUGGCUAAUAGCCUGGUAGCAGGGCACUGAUUCCCUCUUGGCUCAAUACCAAUCUGUCCUCACCCUUGAGCCUGCCCAUCUGUUUAUCCUGAGCUGCCCUGGGCUGGGUCUUUCUUGGGUAGGAGGGGGAAAGGUUGGCACAUGGGGCACUCGUAUCCAUUUGCCUACAGCUCCCUAGUACCCAGAGGGUCCAAGCUAAUCUGGGGAUUUCCUGGGGCUCCGUGUGGCUCCUCCGUUACUAACUACGAAUUGACACACAGCCUUUCAGAAUGUCUCCCAGACACACCAGUGCCCUUUGGGGAGGGCCAGGUGUGAGCUAGCAGCCUUGUGAUACUAGCCUGAAGGUGACGGUACCUAGGCGAUAAGCUUCUGCUGCCACCUUCUGGGCACUUUGUAUAUGAGGAACCAAGGGGUGGGCUGUGGUGGAAGGAGCCAGGGGCUGCCCUCCACUGAGACCCUCAGAGCCUACAACAUCGAUCCACGUGGCUCAGGUGUAAAGCUCGGCUUCACCUCUUUCUUCCAAUAAAACUCCUCACCUUUU